AUGGCAUAUACACCUCCUCCGAUAUUAAGGGGGUCUAAUACAGAUGCCUUUUUCCCAUCUUUGAAAUCCCCUCCAUUAGAAAAUGACCCUUUCAAACUACUAGAAGCCAAUAGACCUCCAAUAUCAUUAGCGACUCGUGAUAAAGUCAGACAAUACUAUCUUUCGCAAAACGUUGAUCAACCGAAAUCAAGCUCAAAUGAUAAAAAAGAUGAGGAAUUACUUCAACCAAGUGUUCAAUCUCAUACGGUCAAAGUUGAUGAAGACUAUUUUUCAAAACCAACAUCGUCGUUACCAAGAGCAACCGAAUUAAAUCAGCCUGACUAUUAUUCAGAAGUUACUGAGGAGAGCUCAGCUUCUGACCCGCAUUUGGAGCCUGAACUUAUACAACCAGAUGUUGAAACAUCUUAUAGUGAUUUACUUUCUCAAGAAAACCAGAUAUCCUCUAAAUCUUUGAAUCAAUAUCAUAAUCUUCAUCAUCAAAAUAAUAAACCUGCCGAUAUAGCAUCACACCAAGAAGAUACUCCUCAUUCCCCUUCACCAUUACCCGAAUCUCCUCUUCAACCACCAAUGCCCGGAGACUUUCAAUUCCCACCACAUAGUGAUCGUCACCAUACUAUUAGCCGAGUAGGCCCUGUUCACAGUAUGAGCCAAAUUCGAACGGUGCCCGCGAUUCCUUCUGACACUUCGUUAUUCAGCCCUCCAUCCCACAACCGUGAUUUCGAACAAACCGAAAAUCCAGAGAUCAAUCAUCCAGACCAAGAAAAAUAUCCAUAUGAUUCGACUCAAGAAAGCUCUUCUUUAGACAAUUGUUUAAAAACCAAUGCUGCACAACAAUUUGAGAGUCUUACUCCUCACAAAGAAAAACUCACUCCAAAUAAUCACCAUGAUAGAAAUAAAAAACAUGAAAACCACAAAUUUAGAAAAGAUGGUUCCUACAGUGAUGCUGAAUAUGAAAACGAAUCCUUUAAUCCUCACCACAGCAGGAACGUCACCGAUGCUUCAUAUAAUGUUGUUAACUCUUCGACUCCAUAUAAUCAGGCAUCACUAAAGCAAAAACAGAAAAGUACUAACGUUGCCCAAAAUCUAAUAAUUGGUGACAAGCUUUCUAGCAAUAAUAACGACUACGUAACCAAAAAAGAUCUGGAAGUAUUUAUUCAUGGGAUAUCUGACAACAUUGCAAAAAAAAUAGCACAUCCUGAAGGCAGUAAUAAAAAUAUCGACAGCGAGAAAUCAUCAAUGUAUGUCCCACCAAUAUUUAGCACUUCAAGGGCAGCUGGUCCAAAUGAUGAAAGUACUUUUCAAAUACCAAGUCCACAUUUGUCAAUGAGUGAAGACGUACAAAAUCGAUCAUUUACUUAUCAGAAGUCAGGUCCAACGUCUUAUGAUUUAACCACACCUUCCAAAAAAAGCACUAUUGGUAUCGAGUCGUAUUUAUUAUCUUUUCCUGAAGGGACUGAGAUUUUCAAAUCUUUCCUUGAAGGAAGGCCACCAAUGCUUACUUUGUUUCAGUCUACCAAAAGCAAUCGAAAUUUAGGUGAUUCUGCUUUAAAUAAGUCUAGCCCCCAUGCACAGUCUACACCUAUAAAAGAAAACACUAAUGUACUAGGUGUCAACUCUUCUUCAAAAGCUAUAGAAAGUGAUAAUACCCCGUUGAGAUAUGACCAAAACUCAUUAUUAGCAUCUAUCCCUGCCAAAACACCUGAUAAUAACAGACCUUUUAGACGAGCCAGUGCUGUAACUUUUGCAUCAACCGAAAAUAUUAUACCUGUUGAAGAGAAUGCUAAUAGUUAUAAGAAUAACGAUAGUCAGAGGACAAGUUUAACUGAAGUCGACCAGCCAUUUUUUCAAAAGAGAGAAAAUAGUCUUAACACCCAACAAGAACUUGAUAUCGGUUUGCUUAAAGAAAAAAUUGCCCAACUGGAGGCAGAAAAUUAUCGUCUUGAAAAAAAGCUUGAAAGCACACAGGCAUCGCUUUUGGAUGAAAUACAAAGACGGAACAACGACAACAAUCGCAAUAAUGAAACUACAAAAACUCUUAAAGAUGAAGUUACGAAGCUUUCAGGUACUCUCAAAUCUUCACACGAAAACAUGAUUAAGCAAGUCUCACAUAUCACGAAAAAGGCCAACGAGCGAGGUGUUGAAGUAAAGGCCCUCAAGGCACAAGUCAAACUGUUAAUCGGUACUGCAAGGCCUUUAACUUCGCAAGAAAUGCCUGAUUUUAAACCAGGAGCAAAAAUACCAAGUGCUUUAUAUGAACGGUUAGAUAUGCCUUUGAUAGAUACUUUGGGUGUUAUUGAAGCUAGAAAUUUUUUGAAAAACAUUGUCAUGCAAACUGGUGUGAAUUUACAUCGUUUAGAAAACAAGAUUGCUGGUCUUAUAUCCUGUGUAUGCAUGACAGACAUGUAUAUUCAGUUUGUAAAUGAUUUGAACAGAGCACUUUUUAAAAUUCCAAUAGAUGCCAAUAUAUAUCCUUUUGGAGAAGAACGGAAACGAACAAUGGCGCAAAUUAUGCACGAAGUUCAAAACCUCAUUACGCAUUAUAAAAAUACAACCACAAAAAUCAAUCACUUUAAACAAAUUAAAGAGCUCUCCAUUUAA